CUUUUGUUUUUUUUAAGCGCACAUUGGAUUAUGGAACUAAGUUAAGAAAUGAAAUGGCCAUUUACCGUGUGAUUUUCCAAGCAGAAAGUUUUACUAUAUCACUCUUCUGAGAGACCCAGUUUCACGUUACUUAAGUGAAUGGAGGCAUGUCCAGCGAGGGGCCACGUGGAAGACCUCACUCCACAUGUGUGAUGGACGGACCCCCACCCCAGAAGAGCUGCCCUCUUGUUAUGAAGGUACAGACUGGUCUGGCUGCACUUUGCAGCAGUUCAUGGACUGUCCCUACAAUCUUGCAAACAAUCGACAGGUGAGAAUGCUGGCUGACCUCAGUUUGGUGGGAUGCUAUAAUAUGUCCUUUAUUCCUGAAAAAAAGCGGGCCCAGAUUCUUUUGGAAAGUGCAAAGAAAAAUCUGAAAGACAUGGCUUUUUUUGGCCUAACAGAGUUCCAACGAAAAACCCAGUACUUGUUUGAGAGGACCUUCAAUCUGAAAUUCAUCCGGCCUUUCUUGCAGUACAACAGCACACGGGCAGCAGGUGUGGAUGUGGAUAAUGACACUAUACUACGUAUUGAGGAACUUAAUGACCUUGACAUGCAACUGUAUGACUAUGCUAAAGACCUCUUUCAACAGCGGUAUCAGUAUAAGAGACAGCUGGAUCGCAUGGAACAGAGAAUAAAGAAUCGGGAAGAACGGCGGAUGCACCGUUCCAAUGAAGAAUUCCCCCAGGAAGAAACGGAAGAGCAAGGACGUCUGCCUACCGAGGACUACAUGAGUCACAUAAUUGAAAAAUGGUAGCCAAGUCAGUGGCUACAUCUUAAAAUCACUAAAGUCCUUAAUGACUAUAUAAUCAAAACUAGUACCAGAGCUUGUCAUCUCUGGUGCCCAUAUGCUCUGUCUUUAAGACAGUAGGGUUGAUGCAUUGUUGAGAAGUCUGUUGACUCUGGUGACAAGUAUUGCUACUCAAAAAUACUCGUCUGUAAGGCCAGCUUGCAAAGAUAUUGACUGGUCACCAUAGCACUUCUCAAUGUUCUCAAGACUAUGAGCCCACAAUGACUUCAUUUGCGUCUUCCAGGUUGUGAAAUACCAUGGAAGUGAAACAAACCUACAAACUUAAUUUAAAAAUGUAAGAAAAAAUCUGUUAAACAGAGAUUAUUUGUGCUAAAAAUAUAUAUCCAAAAAUAACAGACAGUAAAAUGUGAUCAGAAUGUUUUUAAGUGGAUCACAUAAUUUAAUUAUAAAUUAUGAGAACAAACUGCAGCCUAAUAAUAAGAUUCUGUCCAAACAUUCUGGUCUCAAGUCACUAAAGUAAGACUUUAAUUGUUUUUAUUUUGGUUUUAUUCAAAAAAUUAUUUUAACAGCAUUAUGGACAGGUCAUUGUUUAAAAUGUUCUUUGUUUUAAAUCUGCAAUCACUUUAAGUUAUGCUGUGCAUUAUACUAACAAGUUAAAUGACUUUUUACCUGUAAUACUCCUAGUCCUAGACUUGUCCUUGUCCUGUCAUAGGAUUGAAUUAAUCCAUCUACCUACAAUCUACCUAUUUUGCUUUGAUAGUAAGGUCAAAUAUUGUUCGCUGAAACAUCUGUUUAUGUUCAGCAGUAUACUCUGUAGUGGGGAGCACUGAGAGAAAUGCCCCAGUAGAGGCACUUACUCCACAGAAGCCAGUGAGAGGCUUUCUUUUGUUUAAAGCAACAGGGUUCACCCUGUUGAAAAGCACACAUACUCUUCAGAGAUUUUUUUAUCAAUUCCUGAAUACAAGGAAGCUAUAAUCAACACAGAAAUUAUGGUUUCUUUUUAUUGCCUUUCAUUCUUGGCUCCUGACAUUGAAAUCCUGUGUCUUUCCCACCCAACUGUUUUUAGAAAUAUUGAGUGUCCCUUUUUGUGCACACUACAAAAAGCAACCCCACUGCACUUCAAAGAAAUGAUUUGGCCUUAAAAUUGGUAUUGUUUUACAUUUGUAUAACCUUGCUCUGAAUCUGUUUUUAUAUAUGUUUUUCUUUAAUUGGGUACACUUAAAGUUUCCAGACAGGACUUUCUUUUUUUGUUUGAAUUUUGUGUGGAAAUUGAGUUCUUUGAUACUGUACACAUGUGCAAAAUCUCUUGUGGAUUUAUUGUGGCUUGAAUCUCAGUGAGAGAUGCUUUCUCAGGGUUAAAACCGAUGUCUUACUGACACACUAAUGUUUCAAUAUGGGAACAAAGAUGUCAGCACAGGGGAUUUAAUGAUGCAUUUUUAUGCUCUUUUUCUUUUUUCAAAAAAAAAAAAAAAAAACCUCUUUAGCACAUUACUCCUGUUGUACAAAUAAAUCCUUUUGAUCUUCAUUUUGGGUGAAAACAAGAGAUUUUAAUCAUGUAUUGAUAAUGUGCUAAAAUGGGCGAGAUUUUAUAAAGUUUAAUGAUUUAAGCUGUUUUAUUUUUGUGUAAUAACUCCUGAUUACUUUGGUGGCCUUAAAACCUUAAAAGGAAUCAAACUGUUGUCUCUUACUAAAUGAUUAAUGUGAUGAUGGCUAAGUGCAGUCCAGUUGACAUCCUUAUCGCCAUUAACUUUUUGACAUUCAAAACAGUUAUAAAAAUGUGAAUGCAGCAGCCCAUUGCAAACUACUGUAUUUCUUCUCUUCCACUGGAAAGGUUUUAACAGCAAUGUUAUUCUAAGAUGUUUAUAUGCAGACAAUUAUACGGGUAGCAUGCAGAAGCAUCUCAUCUUUAUGGAGUAAUAUUACACAAAUAGAAAAAAGUACAUUUGUCCUAGUUACUGCACAAAAAAGGAAUGACUAAACAAAAAGUUUUUGUUUUCUGCUACAAAGAGAAAAAUCCCUUCUUGUCUUAUGAUCUGCCGUGUCUUUGCAGGUUUCCUAAAUGCAAAAGUAUGAAAUUCAGUUCUGGAAUGUGUGUAGUGGCUGAAGAUUUUCCCUCAACACAUUUUUUCUGCUAGUGAAACAUCAUGUGAUUCUAGGACUAUUUAAUGCUCUCAUUCUGCCGCAUCGGACAAUUCUAAUAUUGUAGACCUUCCAUUUUCUGACAAUUUUUGUGGACCAGUUCAGAUUUUACCUUUUCAGAUAUUCACUUUUCCUCUCCCUAUUCUUGAUAGAAAUGAAAGUUGGACAAAACAAAUUGCUGCAAAUAGGACUAAUAAAUAGAUGGGUAUCUGAGGCUUGUUAUUUGAAUCUCUUUGUUAAUUGGCAUCUGUUAAAAAAAAAAACAAGCAAUUAAAGGCUCUGAAUGCAGCUGUUUAAGAUUGUUGUUUAAGCUGUUUAAGCAAUUAAGGGUUCAGAACACAAGUGAGUAAACAGAAGUAAAGCCAAAAAAUGGAUGUUGCAUUAGUAGCAGUAAUUGGCUUCUAAUUAAAAGACUGGCAAGAACUGAGUUGAACACCUUUGCUCUAAUUAGUUACACUGCUGUUUGGGGUCACAGGGCUUCAGGAUAACCAGACUCAAACAUCAGCGAUAUCUCGACAGAAAUGUCAAAUUUAAAUUCUGGGUUUGCUAGGUUUCACAAUAUCCCACUUUAAAAGCGACCUUUCUGUUUACUUUAUUAAAAAAAAUAACAAUGUUAGGUAUUGUAGCCAUUAUAAUUAUAGGGUCAGUAAUUUUAUGUCAUGACCAGUUCACUUUAGUAAUACUUGCAAAUCUUUCUUCUCAGUCAUCUCAGAAAAGCCUGCAAAGCAUUAAAAGGUUGUUUCCAAGUUUUAGGUCCAAAUUCUGGAGUACUAGCUUCUUUAAAACAUGUAUUUUCCCAGCCAUACUCCAUCUUGACAAGAUUGGGUUUUCUUUUUUAUCAUUUCUGAUAUGAGCAAAUUAAAAAAAGUCACAGUAACAUUCUUUAUGUUAUAAAUGUACCUUGAGUUAUUAAGUGAUUCAUUUAAAACAAUCCAAAUAUCUUAACUGGACUGCCUUUGCUAAGAAUGAAUUAUGCGUUAACAUGCCAUAGAUAACUCACGACAGUUCACCGGGGUCACCUUACAAGAACUGAACAGCAUUGGGUAGGAUAUGGUUGAAUCCAACAAUCAGGCCUUACAAUAUGCAAGAAUCCCUAAUUUGUUGGCAAUCUCUUCAAGCAAACUGAAAGUAUGACAACAUGCUGUCUCUUUUUGUUGAUGUCAGAUUUUUUUCUUUCUUUUUUUUUUUUAAAUGGCAUAAAAUUUGGCAAGUUAACCUUUUGCUAAACAUGAGCACUUCAGAUACUGAGAUGACCAUCUGCUACAUUCAUAGUGACAUGUAGUGUGUUCUAGCCAACACACAAUGGAGUAUGGCUAGGACAAUGAGGUAUCCAUUUUAAUUUCCCCCAGCUUUGUGUAGCAUUUCUUGUGGCUUGGUUGUCACCUCUCACUGUGCAGCCAAAUGUUUCAGUGGAGUUUGUCAGUGGUCAUAACACUCAAUGACAUUGUGUUAAGAGUGUUUUACAAAAGAGCUUUUGGCUGAUAGUUUACUUUUUAGAAAAGAGCAUAUAAGCUAAAAUAUUGCCAAAGUAGAGCUGGUUAGUUAACUAAGAUGUAAUUUGUCCCAAUACAUAUGCAAAAAUGUAAACAUUGUUGGACAGGGACUCAACUUUUCAUCAAUGGGGGGGGAGAUAAACCUGAGAAGUUUAUUGGUCAUAAAUAUUUAAUUCUCUUGAAACAGCUUUAUAUUUUGCAAUUUAGCUUUUAGCUAGUCUUCCCUUUGUCUGUGUUUGGUGUCACACAUGCAUUUCUGUUGUUAAAUUUGUCCCUUGAGCUCUGUAAACAUGUUCUUCAUAGCCUACCUCAUAAAACUACGUUCUUGUCCGUCUCCCAUAUGAUUCUUUAAUCCUAUAAAUAUUCUGCAUUUUUUCUUUUGCAACCCUCUUUCUAAAUAACCCACUUAGCCAUGGUCAUACAUUCAAGUCUCUUCUGUUUUCUUCUCAAAUUUUACUUGUUCUCAGAUUUUCUCACAGAGACAUUCCUCCUCAGCUGUAUAUGUCCAGUAUUGCAUAUGUAUUUCUGGUAUCUGAACAUGGAAGUUAUUCAAAAAUUGUCUUUUUGCUUAUGUUUGGGGCAUUCCCAUUCUAACUGUUUGCAUCCCAGAGGGAACAAACAAAUCACUUGUACUGUUACUGUUAUAGAAUUUACCCAAAAAACGCAGAGUGCUCAAUCACAUGACACAUAACCAAUAUUUUGAAAAGUCACAGAAUGGGGUCCCCCUGCAUUUCAAGAAGUAAACAACUACAAUCUGUAUAAGGUGUGUAAAGCCCUUACAAAUACUGUGCAAAUUGGGCCUCUUGGACACUGAAUGAAGAACAUUCUCAUUCACACAGAAUCCGCCUUCCUUCCCUGUUAUCGUUGAUGUGUAAAUCAGCAUUCAAAUUCAAAUCACAGGCACCACCACAGAACAUAAAGCUGGUAUAACACCUUGAUCACCUAAUUCCUUAAGUUUUCAAAAUCCCUCUUUGAUUUUGGUAGUCUACUUUUCCACUCUUAAAUAUAAUGUGGCAUCCUUCAGUUUAAGCUUAACAUUCAUUAAUACAAUCAAUUAAUUGUGAUCACUGAUUGUCACUUAAAGUGGUUUUCUGAUGAAGACAAUGGUUUGAUCUUUCAGCCCAAUCAGAGUGGCAUCUCAUGCAGCGGAAGAGACUCAUUCACAUGUAAAACUCUCUGGCUUGACUUUCACAACAUGUAUGCUAUCAUUUCCAUCAGUUUAUAGUGUACAGUUUCAGUACCAGGGAGACUGUCAGUUAUAGUCAACAAGAAAAAAAAUAGUCUAGUGUAAAACUUAAGCAACAAACUUAAUGUACUCUGUCAUUGUGUUGAUUUAAUUUUUCCCGCAUACAGUUUGCCUUUCCCACACUUUGUUUUUCUGUGCUUAAAAAAAAUGUUCCAGAAUAUGCUAUACUUGAGUGGAGAGAUCCCUGAGUAGAGUGUUCUUACUGAAUGUAGUAUGUGGUGUGGAGACAUGACAGUUUAAGACCGUAUGUGUUCUGCUCUUACUGUACACUGCUCUGAGAAUUGAGGUUGUUCCUACAAAAUGGAUCAUCCAGCCAUCAAUAAACAAAUGUCAUUUUUAA